AUGGCAUCUCAAUUGCUUCCGCUAGAGCUCAUCGACAAGUGUGUCGGCUCCAGAAUCUGGGUCAUCAUGAAGGGCGACAAGGAGUUCAGUGGAACAUUACUCGGCUUCGACGACUUUGUCAACAUGGUUCUCGAAGAUGUCACCGAAUAUGACUACACCGGCACAUCCACCAAGAUGUCCAAGAUUCUAUUGAACGGAAACAACAUCUGCAUGCUCAUCCCUGGUGGCAUGCCGGAGCAAUGA